AUCAAUUCUUGGCAUUGAAAGUAAAAAAAAGGUCGUCGUGACUAUAUUUGAAGACCAAAUGUAAUAUUAGAAUAUUUUCUCUAUAACCAUAUAGAAAUUCAAAUCGAUUUUACUGUCAUUGGAAUCAGGACUGAAUUGAUAGGUAAUUUGAGUACCAAUAACAAUUACCCUCACGAGCCUACACCAAUUAAUUCCAUGGCAUUUAGGAGUGAUGGGGAUGUGCUAAUAUUGUACGAUAGAAUCAAGAUCUCAAAAAGUCAUAAACGGUCAACAACAUUCUCUAAUAAAAUGAAUCAUUCACAAUCCACAUCCAGCCUUCCGCACAAAUAUUCUCCUCAUUCCUUAUUCCUUCCAUAUAUCACGAACACAAUGACUCAAUUUAUAUCAUUCUUAUGUACACUCGCACAUAUAACUAGGACACAUAUGAAAUACAAUGCUACUCCCAGUUGUACAGUGCUUUUAAAUAAAAAUUUAUUUUUACUUUUAAUUGUCAAUGCACUAUCCAUAACUUAUAUCUUUGCUCAAGGCGAUAGGUCUGAAUAUUCCAGGAAUAAUAGGGGUCCCGGAUCCUAUUUUAGGCCACAAAUUUCUGAAGGAUUUUCUAAUAUUGAAUCAAAUGAUGUUCAGGGAUCUGAAGGUGGUAUUAGAUUAACUGGUUCUAGAAGUCAAUAUUCAGGUAACUUAGAGGUUUAUCACAUGGGCAGGUGGGGCUCUAUUUGUGAUGACGAUUGGGAUAUAAAAGAAGCCACCGUAGUUUGUCGACAACUAGGAUAUCCAUCUGCAAGGAGGGCUACACAUGAUUCAGAAUUUGGAAAAGCGUCAGAAAGGUAUUGGCUAGACAAUGUUAACUGCCAAGGAAAUGAAAAUUUUAUUCACGAAUGUUCCUCCAACGGCUGGGGUCUCCACGAUUGUUCUAUAGCCGAGGCCGCUGGGGUAGAAUGCGUUAAUUACCCAACCGAAUCGCAUAAUACCAACAAUGAUGGAAGAGUCGUGACUCCAAGGAUUUCUUCCGCUUCGAGAGGACAUUUAGGGUUAAACGAUGAAGGGAGUGGCGAUAACGACUUCGCUCAUGCUCCUAGGCGAAGAAUCUCGGAUAUUGUUCGCGAUAGGACCCAAAUGAAAAUAAGACUAGUGGGUGGGCGUUCCUCUUCACAUGAAGGAAGGGUUGAAGUGGAUAUGUUUGGUAAUAAUCGUUGGGGGCUUAUAUGCGGAGAUGGAUGGAUGCUUAUGGAAGCCAAUGUAACUUGCACUCAAUUGGGAUUUGGGUUCGCUAAAGCGGCUCCUCAGACACAUGUAUUUGGUGGUCGAAGAGAAGACAUUAUUUUAAACGGUGUAACUUGCAGAGGGACCGAAAGAGAUUUAAGCGAAUGCGAAUUCAAGGAGGUAGCUGAAUCAAAUUUGCAGUGUCCGGGAGGCAAUGACUUCGCAGGAGUUGUAUGUGGAGAAGGUUUGCCCGAUUUAGUGCCCGAUCCUGAACUUCUCAAGUCCACAGCUUAUAUUGAAGAUAGACAGAUGUUUUUUUUGCGAUGUGCCAUGGAGGAAAAUUGCUUAGCUAGAACAGCAUAUGCGUUGGAUUCGACUGAUUAUAUGUGGCCAUAUAUGACUAGACGUCUUUUGCGCUUUACCAGCAGAAUUGUUAACUUGGGAACAUCUGAUUUUAGGCCUCAUUUACCAAAAUACCUAUGGGAAUGGCAUUCUUGCCACAUGCACUAUCAUAGCAUGGAUGUCUUUAGCCAUUACGAUUUGACUGAUAGACGUGGCAGAAAAGUAGCCCAGGGUCAUAAAGCCAGUUUUUGCCUUGAAGACAAUGAAUGCUCAGGCAAUUCUAGGCAUAAAUAUAGGUGUCAAAAUUUUGGAGAUCAAGGUAUAUCCACAGGAUGUUCUGAUGUUUAUGAACACAACAUAGAUUGCCAAUGGAUAGAUAUAACUGAUGUGAAUCCUGGAUUUUAUUACUUUAAGGUAACUAUUAAUCCAGAGUUCAAAGUAGCUGAAAUGUCCUUUUCUAACAAUGCUAUUAGAUGUGAUUUAUUGUACACCGGUUUAUAUGUCAAUGUUGAUAACUGUACCCUUGGUGCACCUUAAAAAUCUAAGUCAAUAUUUUUAUGAGAGAAAAGAAAAAAAAACUAAUUCACAAAAUAUUUUAAAAUUUAAAACACAAUAUUGGAAUGCAAUCAUAUAAUAUGUUAUUUAUUUAUUUUUACAGAAAUUUAUUAUUGAUAAACGAUAUUAGUAUAUUAUUUACGAUUUUAUAAAAUAUAUUUAUAUCUUUUUAUCUGCUAUAAUAUAAAGAUCCUUAAUCAAAUUUUGAAAAAAAGGAUGAUGAUUAAUUCAUAAAUUAAAAUUAAGCACGUUAAAACUUUUAAUUCAAAAGGAGUCAGGCCUACAUAAAAUUGUUAUGAUUCUGGGCCUUGUUAUUCUUUAUUGUAAUGCAAAAUAAUAUAUUUAGAAAAAUGUUAUCUUUCAUAAAAGAUUAAUUUUAAUUUCUUUUCUUUUUUAUUAUCAAAUCACUACAUUUAUUUUUAUAAUUUUGCUUUUCUAUUAUUUAUCGCUUUCACUGCUACUCAUUUGUGCUUCAUUUUUUAAAAAAAGAUCCCUCUCGUUCCGAAAUAACCGCCCGUCCAUUGUAAUUUGUUGUUGCCUAUAAAUAAGCGUGUAUAUUAUAUACAUCUUUUUUUAAAAUUUCACCUGACUUAAAAGUCAACAUUUAUAUAUAAAAUUUGGACAGCCUAUAAAGCUUUUAAUAGUCUUUUGAUAAAAUAAAAUUGGCUAUCUGGCUUUGCAGCAGAAAUUUAAAAAAUAUCCCCGACCAGAAGGGUCUGUUUAAAAAAAAUUUAUAAUAAUGUUUUUGUAUAAUGUAAAAUGUUAUUUUUAAUUUUCCCUUGUUUAAAUAUAAUUAUCUUGACUAGUCAUUUAAAAAAAGGAGAGAAUACUAAAUUUAAAAGGAAGUACCUUAGGCGGCCAUUAGUGUAAAUUUACCCCACUACCCGUUUUUAAUAUUUAAAAUUUCUCGCAAAAUUGGUAAAAAUGUAUUUGUCUAAUCAAUUGAAGAUCCAAUCCACUGAGCCCUCUUCAAUUUUUUUUUAAAUUUGCAUGAUUAUAGUAUUCGUAUGAACUAAUAAAGAUAUAAAAUUUCAAUUUCCAAUUUGGCUCACUUCCUGAGACAUUGUCACCUUUAAAAAC